GAUAUGGAAGGAGAACAUUUCCUUGAAGGACCUUCAAAAUAAAGGCGUUUGCCUUUUGAAGCUGCAGAUAGGAAGUCAGUCCACAGGCCUGUAUGGUCGCACAGUUGUUGUCUUAGAACCAAGGAAGCAUCUUGGUUUUUUAUCUCUUCCGAGCAACAGCUUCGGACCAGGUGAUAUUGUUGGCUUGUAUGACUCGUCUGAAUGCUCUGCGACGUCACAGAUAUGCACAGGGAUAGUAACAAGGGUCAGCCAAACAUCUGUAAGUGUGGCCUUUGAUGACUUGAAGGAUGGCAUCGGUUCUGACAGAGAUGCUCUUUACAACCUGUUAAAGUUAGCCAAUGAUGUCACCUACAAACRAAUGAAACGUGCUUUAAAUACAUUAAAUGGAUACAGCAAUGGACCAGCUGGAAAUUUGAUCAAUGUUCUCUUUGGAGACACACAGCCUUCUUCUCACUCACAGCAGAAUGAGGUUGAAUUCUUUAACUCAGGCUUGGAUGAUUCACAAAGGGAGGCUGUCACCUUUGCUCUGUCUCAGAGGGAACUGGCUGUGAUUCAUGGACCUCCAGGCACUGGUAAAACAACCACUGUAGUUGAGAUCAUCCUGCAGGCAGUAAAACAAGGCCAAAAGGUUCUCUGCUGUGCCCCAUCAAAUGUUGCAGUGGAUAAUUUAGUGGAAAGGUUAGCCUGCUGCAAGGCUAAAGUCCUGAGACUGGGUCACCCUGCUCGACUCCUGGAGUCCAUCCAGAAACACUCUCUGGAUGCUGUGCUCGCUCAGAGCGACAAUGCAAACAUCAUUGCUGACAUACGUCAAGAUAUCGACAAAGCAUUUAUGGGGAUGAGGAAGAUGUCAGUCAAAGGGGAAAGAGUAAACUAUAAACGUGAAAUAGGGGAGCUGAGAAAAGAGCUAAAAACCAGGGAGGCAACAGCCAUCACCCAAAUCCUGAAGAGUGCUGACGUUGUGCUGUCAACCAACACCGGAGCCUGUGAUGACGGUCCUCUGAAGUUCCUGCCGGCGGAGCAUUUUGAUUGGGUGGUGAUUGAUGAGUGUGCUCAAGCCCUGGAGAGCAGCUGCUGGAUCGCCUUGCUCCGAGCGCGCAAGUGCGUCCUGGCUGGAGACCACAAGCAGCUACCACCGACCAUCAAAUCACAAACGGCUGCAUCAAAAGGCUUAUCUCUGAGCCUCAUGGAACGACUGAUCCAGAUGUACGGAGACUCGGUGGUCCGUAUGCUAACAGUUCAGUACCGCAUGAACAGUGCCAUCAUGGAGUGGGCUUCCAAAAACAUGUACAGUGGACGACUAACUGCUCACAGCUCAGUGGAGAGACAUUUAUUGAAAGAUCUACCUGGAGUCACUUGUGUGGAAGAAACCUGUACUCCCCUCCUUCUGAUUGAUACAGCAGGGUGUGGUCUGACUGAAAUGGAGGUCACAGAGGAGCAGUCCAAAGGAAACCAAGGUGAGGUUGACAUUGUUGAGCUGCACAUAAAAACCUUGACUGAAGCUGGAGUGAAAGCUAAAGAUAUCGCUGUUAUCGCACCAUAUAAUCUACAAGUGGAUCUUCUGCGUCAGAAACUUUCCUCACGACAUCCAGAGCUGGAGAUAAAGUCAGUGGAUGGAUUUCAGGGCAGAGAGAAAGAAGCUGUUGUGUUGUCUUUAGUUCGCUCCAACAGAAAAGGGGAAGUUGGAUUUCUGGCAGAGGACAGGAGGAUAAAUGUUGCCGUCACUCGUGCACGACGCCACGUUGCUGUAGUGUGCGACACACAAACUGUUCAGAAUCAUGCCUUCCUCAGAUCCCUCAUCACUCACAUGACUGAAUUCGGUGAAGUCAGGACGGCAUUUGAAUACCUUCCAGACAUCGUGCCACAAAAUUACAGCAGAGACCAGAAAGACACAAAGAGCACAUCUGCUGCUACAAAACAGAAGGUCAAAGAUCARCCUUCAAGUAAAGUGAAACAGAAAAGGCCUGCAGGUGUCAGCACGGUGGAACACACUGCGGGUUCACAGAAUCACACGAAGUCCUGCUCAUCAUCAGCACCGAAAGAACAACAGCAGAGCAGCAGCAGGUACGCUGAAAUCAGACAGCAGGUGGAGAACUUUCUAAAGGACUUGAACCAGAACGAUUUACAGUUUCCGUCAUCAUUCAACUCCCACGACCGGCUGCUGGUCCAUCAGAUCUCUGAGGAGCUGGGUCUUGUUCAUGAGAGCAGAGGUGAGGGCAGCGACAGGUAUGUCACUGUCUCCAGGCCAGGGACCACAAAACCAACUGAGGAGCCAACACAAGAAGAAACCCGACCAGAAGAAAYCCAAACAGAAGAAACGGUCUCCGGUCUGCAGAGUGAACCAUCACAUCGGCCUUCAUUAGACCUGAAAAGUUUACACCUGGAAAGAAUGAAGCGAGAGCAGCAGAGAAGAGAAGAAACGGCUCAACAAAGAAAGCAACAGAAAAAUGAUCCCCCAGCUCCGAGCCAGCCGAUGAAGAAGAGUAAAGGAAAGAACAAAACGAAGGCCGGCGCCUGUGACAUCGCUGCCGCCGCCGCUCCGGAGGACGACUUCGACACUCUCAUCAGUGCUGUCAUGAAGGCCGACAGCAUUUGUAGUUUUGUCAAGUGUAAAGCGUCCGUGUUAACACUCGGACAGCUUUGCAUUUUCUGCAACAGGCAGUAUUGUCUCAGUCAUCAUAUACCAGAGGUUCAUGGCUGUGGAGAUAAGGCCAAGUCCCAUGCUCGGCAGAGAAUAAGCAAAGAAGGUGUUCUUUACGCUGGGAGUGGAAAGAAAGACAAAUCGUUGGACCCCAGUAAGAAAGCACAUCUGCAAAGAAAACUGGACUCUAAACUGAAAGAUAUGGCAACACAAAGAAAACCAAAGAACAAAGAGAGUUAAUGUCACUAAAUAAACACUAAUUUAACUAAUAAUAAAACUACUCCUAAUGUC